AUGAUCCCUUCGCUCUUGUUGGUGCGACUAAUAGUCUUCCUCAUAGCUGCUCGAAUAGCAUCGAUGAGGGUAAAACAGAUCAACAUUUUCAAGAAUGCAACGGAUGAAGAUGUUCUUCAACUGAGAAAUAAAGGAAGCAAAAUGUUCAACGCACUUCAUAGCGACUCCAGCUAUAAAUGGAAUGAGAGAGAUUCGCAUGGAAAUUUUGUCAUACCGUUUACAAUUAAUGCAAACUACGACGUAAGGCAAAUGAGAAUCAUUGCGAUAGCAAUGAGACGCAUAGAAGACAACACGUGCAUUCGUUUCAAACCAUGGACGAAUGAACAGAGUUACAUUCAGAUCGAAAAUCGUGAUGGAUGCUGGGCAGGUAUUGGUCGUCUCGGAAGUAGAAGCGAAGUAUCGCUACAUCACAGCGAUAAGGGAUCGUGCUUAACGAACGGAAUUGUUAUGCAUGAAUUGAUGCACGUAAUAGGACUCCACCAUGAGCACUCACGGUACGAUCGCGACAACUUUGUCAAAGUGCACUACGAGAACAUUAAAGAGGAUGAAUGGUAUAAUUUCGAGAAAGUGAAUCCUGACAAAUUUACGACACACGGUGUCCCAUACGACUACAUGUCGAUCAUGCACUAUAAAAAGGAUACGUUUGCGCGCCCAGGAAAAAUAUCCAUCGAAACCCUCAAUCCUAGUUAUCAGCGCGCCAUUGGCCAUGCAACUGACGCCUCACGACUCGAUUAUCUUAAGAUCUGCAGGACGUAUCAGUGUCCUUCAAAACCUUGCAGGGAGUUUUCGAUUAUUCGGAAUGGAACGGAAAUGGAGGUCGAAUUUUUUGUUGCGCAACUUGGGCAGAGAUUGAAGAGGGCAAUAAGAAAUCACCGUUCAAUCCUUUUUUCGGAUCCUAGAACUACUAUUGUUGCUGACCUGAUAUUUUGCGAAGGUCAAAUAAAUAAUUGCACUAUGACUCGUUUUUCUGGCACGCUUUCCUUAGGAUCCUAG